GGUUUCCGGAUCUGCCAUCUCUUGGUUGUAGCACUGGUCGGUAUCCCCCAAUAAUCAUUCACAUACUUGACCAGUUUGACAACUUUGGAAAGGCAGACUGGGUCCUCUUUAACUCAUUCAAUAAGUUGGAAGAAGAGGUAGGUACACCAUAUCUCAUGUGCUCUUUCAAUCUUUUCUAGCUAGUCUUGAUUAUGUAUGCACGCCAGACUUGGGGACAAGAAGUUAAUAAUACUUCAGGCUGGUAAUGUAUUGUUUUCUUGUCGAAGAACUGUAACUUUAAAGAACCUAUAACUCACAUUUGAUUUGUUGUUCUCAAGCUUUAAAAGCUUAUAACUUGCUGGAAUUUUUCAGCGCCAAGUAUAACUUGUUGGGACAGGUGGGGAAGAGGGACAAAGUGAAGACGGGGUUUACUCAAACGAGUUGAAUAAGCAAGCCAAUAAGAUCAAAUUGCUCUUGUUGAACCAGCUACUAAUCACCAAGUCCUUUGUUUAGCCAUGCUAUUUAUUUGAUUUUAAGGAAGAUGAAUUGUUUGACUCACUCAGCUAAUUAAUCUGAAUUUAGGUUGUCGAAUGGAUGAAGAAAGUUUGGAAUGUAGUAACGAUAGGUCCAACAUUGCCAUCAUUUUAUCUUGACAAACGAGUUGAAAAUGAUAACGAGUAUGGCUUCAAUAUUCAUAAGCCAAAUUCUAGCAAUUGCAUGGAGUGGCUUGACAGUAAGAAAACUGGAUCAGUCGUCUACGUCUCUUUUGGAAGUGCAGCAAAUUUGUGUGCAGAACAAAUAACAGAACUAGCUGAUGCUCUCAGCCUCAGGCAAAGCAACAUUAUGUUCUUAUGGGUGAUGAAACCUGAUGAACAGAGUAAGCUUCCCAUCGAUUUCAGCAAAGAGACAUCAGGUAAGGGAUUGGUUGUGACAUGGUGCUCACAAUUAGAGGUACUAGCACAUCAUGCAAUCGGAUGCUUCAUAUCACAUUGUGGAUGGAACUCAACCUUAGAAGCAAUAAGCUUCGGUGUGCCUAUAGUUGCAAUGCCUCAAAUAUUAGACCAAAUAAUCAACGCGCAUUUUCUAGAGAAAGUUUGGAGUGUGGGGUUGAUAGCUAAAGCAAUUGAGGAUGAGAAAGGUGUCACUGCAAGUGAAGAGAUAUACAGGUGCAUCAGGGAAGUUUUAGAAGGAGAGAGAGGACAAGAAAUUAGAAAGAAUAUUACUAGCUUGAAAGAAUUGGCUAAGGAGGCAAUUGACACAAGUGGAAGUUCAGACAAGCAUAUUGAUGAGUUCAUUUCACAGCUUGAUCCUGCCUUCUUGAGACACAGAUCAAACUACAACUGAAAUUGUACAAUUUAUCUGACUUGUCUUGUGAAGUAUAUUUUAUGUUUGAUUAAAUGCUCCUGGUGUUGCUUCACAUUAUAUCGCACACAUAAAUUCAUACAUUACUUGUGUAUGUAUAUACUCGAGGAAAACGAAAUGGAGCAA